UUAUCUCUUCCGCGUUGGCGACUCUGCAGGUGCUGUAAGUGUGUGUGUGUUUCUCCACGUCACUGUCUUUCUCUCCCGGUCUAGUGUCAUCACCCGAGUCUCCAACAGCUUUCUUUCACCGGAGACUCACCGCACACAGCGAUGUCAUUGCUGGACUCCGAUGACAGCUACGAUCUAGUCUUCAAAAUAGUUCUGGUUGGAGAUGUCGGUGUCGGCAAAACUUGUGUGGUGCAGCGGUUCAAAACCGGCAUCUUCAUCGAAAAACAGGGGAACACGAUCGGUGUGGACUUUACCAUGAAAACACUGGAGAUACACGGCAAAAGGGUGAAGUUACAGAUUUGGGACACAGCCGGACAGGAGCGGUUUCGCACCAUCACUCAGAGUUACUACCGCAGUGCUAACGGAGCCAUCAUCACAUAUGACAUCACCAAGAAAGCCACGUUUCUGUCAGUGCCCAAGUGGAUGGAGGAUGUGAAGAAGUACGGCGGCUCCAACAUCGUUCCUCUUUUAAUCGGUAAUAAAUGCGACCUGUCGGACUCUCGUGAGGUGCCGCUGGAGGACGCACAGACCAUGGCUCAUCAGCUGGAUUUUGUGAGCGCCAUCGAGACGUCAGCCAAAGACUCUAGUAAUGUGGACGAGGCCUUCAACAAAAUGGCCAGCGAGCUCAUUCUCCGGCACGGCGGACCCAUGUUCACCGAAAACGUGACCGACAGCUUUAAACUGACAGGCAAGGAUGUGGCGGGAGAGGGCUGGGGCUGCGGCUGCUGAUGGCUGGCUUCAGAAAGCAAUAACAGCUUUAGUUCUUCACCACUCGCUCAGAUAGAUAAAUCCCGCUACACUCAGAGCGUUUACAUGGACACCAAUGCUCUGAUUUGAAUACGAUUAAGAGGAUACUCUGAUUAAGAGUCCACCAAGUAAACAGAGAUAUUUGAUGACGUUAAUCUGACUAAAGUCAUAAUGGAACUAAACAGAAAGUGAGUUCAGACAUGUGGAGUCUUCCUGGUUUAGUGGCAUUAUUGAAGUGCAGCACAGAUGUGGAAACACCGCAAUCAAACUAUUACCGUCAUGUAGGACUUUUUGCCACGUUUUGCGACAGGAUAGUCCACACACACACACACACACACACGGCUGUCUGACAUUAUUAUCUGCACCUACUGAGUUAGUGAAGACCACAGAAACCUGUAUCGCAAAAUGCGGAUGCUUUUUCUCCCGUUCAGCGUGCGGUAUGAAGUCCCAUUAAAACUACACUCCUCCAGCAGUUCCUCACAUCUAAUAUCUCAUUUGUCAUGGGGGCAUGCAUGAAAUGUUCCUGAAUGAAAAUGAAAGUGCCAAACUGCAGUUAAAGUCCACAUAUUCAAAAUGAAACCCCUGAAAUUACAUGAAACUCUGGAGGAAACGUGGAUAGCGUGGUGACGCAGUGACGUUAUUCGAAUUAUGUGCGAUAACAUGUAUACAGGCUCAUGAAAGGAACAUUCAAAGAGCAGAUCAUGUAAACACCUUCAUCUUAUUAUUACCUUAUUCAGAUUAAGACAAAUAAUUUGAUUACUGAUGUCCAUGUAAACAUAGUCACUGUCUAGUGUCAAAUAAUUCAGUUACUGAUGUCCAUGUAAACGGCUCACUGAGGAUAUUACUGCAUUCGAUGGCUUGUAGAAGACUUCUGGAGCCCACAAAAACAAUGUGAAAACCUGGGGUAGAGACUAUCUUUAAAUGCCAAACGGUCAUUCAUUUUAUAAAUCAUUCAUAUUUUUCUUUUCGGCUUAGUCUCUUUACUAAUCAGGGGUCGCCACAGUGGAAUGAACCGCCAACUUAUCCAGCAUAUGUUUUACACAGCGGAUGUCCUUCCAGCUGCAACCCAGUACUGGGAAAUUUAUAAAUCAUAGCCAACCCAAAUUUAUAUUCAAUCAUCUUCAAAAAUUACUUCUAUCCAAAGCCUAAUAUAACCCUUUUAAUAGUAUUAUGAAUGUGAUUAAUAGUCCGGGAAGCUGGAGUGGGGUUCGAAAGGACAAAUAACAGCGCAUGGUGUCAACCACAGCCAAUCAGAGCACUCUUGAUGCUAAAUGUGCAGUAAUGUGUAGCAAGACUUUGGACCAAUGAGAUUUCAUGAGCAGGGCUUCUUAGUGCAGCGCCUUGGAAACGGUCACCAAGCUGUUGAGGUGACACACUCAGAAGCUCUUUACUGUAUGUUUUAAAUCUGUCCAGGAAAUAUAUUUAUAUUGUGUUCUUAAUUUGAUGUGAAUGAAAACGAGGCUGUGAGAGAUAUCGCUCAACAUCUCUGUAUGAUGGACACAGCAGUGAACCACACUGAGCUCUCUCACAAACCUUUCUGAAAUCAUAUUAUCAACAGGACACGGCUCAGAUCUUCAAGCUGUUCUGAACUGAUCAGACGGUCAUCAUAGACAAAACAUGUUAAUUCAUACUAGCAACAUGCUAAUCCAUGUGCUGAAACAUGUUAGCAGCAUAUUGAGCCAUGUUAGCCACAUUAAAACAGAAUAGAAACAUGUUAGCAAACAUGCUGUUCAUAUCAGCAGUCUGUUGACACUGUUAGAACAGUGUUAGCAUUAUGCUAGCCUUGUGUUAAACCAAGCUAGAAACAUGCAGACCUGUCAGUUUAUGAUAGCAGUGUCUCCUAGAAACAUGCUAAACAUUAGAAAUUGGCUAGCAACAUUUUAUUACAUGUUCAAUUUUAGAAACUGGUUAAUUCAUGAUUCUUACAGAAUCUCAAACAUGCUAGCAUCACACUAGCGUUUGCUAUGUGUUAAAACAUGUUAGCAACACAACAGGACAUGCUAGCCACAAACAUAACGAUAGAAAUGUUAGCGAACAUGCUCUUCAUGUUAGCAAUCUGUUAACCAUGUUGGCUAGAAACAUGUCAGUUCAUGCUAGCAGUGUCUGUUAGAAGCAUGCUAACCUAGUUUUAAAACGUUUGAAAGUUUCUAGCAACAUUUAAUUUCAUGUUAAAUUCCCUUGAACAUGUAAAACAUGCUAACAUCAUAAUUCAUGUUUGCUAUGCACUGAAACUUUAGCAACACAACAGGUCGUGCUAGCCACAAACAGAUUAAAAACAUGUUAGCAAACAUGGUCUUUAUGUUAGCAAUCUGUUAACCAUGUUAGCUAAAACAUGCAAACAUGUCAAGUUCAUACUAGCAGUUUAGCAUUGGAACAUACUAAUCUGGUUUUAAACAAUGCUAGAAGUGUGCUAGCAACAUUUUAUUUCAUGUUUAACAUUAGAAACAUGUUAAUUCAUGUCUGCAAAUGCUAGCAUCAUGCUAAUUCAUGUUAAGCUGCGGCCACACUGCACUUUUCUCCCCAUAGACUUCCAUUUGUACACAUGCGAAUGCGUCAGACCGGAAACGCAAGCUCGUGAGGCAGGUCUCGCAGUUCGCCGCAUUGGAAUCGUUCGAAAUCGCAUCACUUGACUGCUUGAGACAAAUCGAAGAUCAAAACAUGACCUCUCUGAACAGAAAUUUAAAACAUGGACCAAUCGCUCGCCCUUUUCAUGUCUAAUCAUCUUGUUAAAUCCCGCCCCUUUUCGCAGCGCCGUACGACAGUAUUUCGCAUGCUCAAACUCUAGUGUGACCGCAGCUUUAGGCGUGUGCUGAGAAAUGCUAAUAGCAUUGUAUUGCCUUACUUCAGCUGCGUUCAGCUGGUCUAGCCUGACUGAAGCUCCACUGCCACCUUCAUAAUCUUCCUAAUAACCGUUUCAGGAGCUUUUGUAAUGUUUUAGAUAUUCAAAUCAAUAUUCAAUAAGCUUUUGAGGCUGACAGACCGAUCACUUCCAUGAAGAACAUGUAUUUAGAGGUGAUCAUAAAUGCAUUCUCCUUUGGUGUUUCUGAUGGUGAUUGGAGCAGCCAUGAUCUGUAAGACAUCCUGCCGAUGUUUGCUUGCUGUAGGAAUUGAGUUAGCAGCAUUUCUAUUAUUACCGUAGUAAACUGAUGGCCAUCUGCAGUUUGAGAACUGAAUCUGUUUAAGCUUCACUUAAUCAUUAAGCUUCAUUCUCAGAUUAUAUCAUGUAAAUGCAGGUAAUCUGGCCAAUUUCAAAGACAAGUAGACCGCUUCUCCCUUUUUAAUUAGCAUUUAUUACUGAUGUCGCACGGGCAUUGAUAUAUUUUAUAUUGCAUUCAUUUAUAUACCACGAAGCCUCGUUAAAUUAUAACAGAAAUUAAACUACCAUUGUUUUAGAUGCUAACUAGUUUUUAUAAUAUUGUACCAUGUUUAAUUUGUGACAAGAUUGCACUGAAUUAGGGAAACUGCAUCCGUUUGAUCUCAGUCAGAGUAACCAGAGCCAUUGUAAAUGAAAUAGCGGAUAUUUAUAUUCUUCUGCAAUAUCUUGUUGAGGAUAAGAGCACAUUUUGGUACGUCUCGUAUAUCAUUGAUUGAUAUAGUAGAGUUUAAAUCAAGACGUGGUGGCCGACUGUAUGAAUGUGAAGUGAUUGGUUUGACAGAUCAGUAGUGUGGACAGAUUCAUUUGCUGUGGUGUUUCUGUUGGAUCGUUGCUGUAGUUUAAGCGUGAAUGACAGCAGUACUUACACUGCUGUCGUUUCUGAUGUACUUGAAGGUAAAUCAUACUGCAGGAGGGGUCUUGCCAGAAUUCAUAGUGCCUUAAAAACAGCUGUAAUGUUGGUGUCCUUUGUGUUUUUGUCAUGUGAUAUUACUAUGCAUUUUGAUGUUGAUGUUUUUAAAUCACAAUGUUUUAAUGGACAAUUUUUUGACAGACAUGAUCGAUUUGUAUUCUGUGUUAAAUUGUUAUUUAGUUAUUUUAUCAAUAAAGCAUUCACAACGUAA